GUCUUUGCCCUUCGGCCAGCGCCGACUUCUCAUCUAUGCGUCGCGGCACUUCGGCCUCUAAGCGGUUCACUUUCUGUUCUAUAUAUGUCUGACGAGCAAAGCGGCUUCUCUGGAAGCCAGGGCCCAUCCUCAGUCGGCGGCGGGGCCCCGCCCGCCAGCGACGCCGCCCCAGGCCUCGAGAACGGCGAAGAGAGUCCCUCGCGCGGCAGCGGCGGGUCGACGAAGUCGCUGUCCGAGCUCGACAAAAGCGCGACUUCGCCGAGCCGCCCCUCAGAAUUCGGGGACAAACUAGACGAAAAUUCGCCACGUGAAGGCGCCGUCCGCGUCGACAAAGGAAAUCAGGACUCACCGAGCGCUUCGAAUUUUGCCGCACCGCCCGCCGCGGUGCUCGACUAUCAUGGAUACGAGCCGGACGAAAGCGGGGCCGUCUCGUCGCUCGGCGAAGUGCCUCAUCCGGAAAGCGAAGAACGGACCGAGUCCGCUCCAUUCGAGUGGAGCAGGGAAAACUGGACGCAAAGCGCGUCGCGAGAAGAUUCAAGUCAGACCCUCGCGGGAGACGGCAUAACCGACUCAGAUUACUCCACGGAGUUCGGUGACACCGCGAUGAACUACUCCACCGACGAGGGGACCAUCGAGCUCAACCCGCCCACCGAUUCGGUACGUACCGAUUCAGAAAGCGUCGACUCAGAGCAGAGCCACCUUUCUCUAAAAGAAGAACAAACUAGCGAGGACGCGGACGAAUCCGGCUCACGAUUCGGGGAGUCAGACCCCUCUAUCCUCGACUACAGCAGAAUCGAGUCCAUGAGCGCACAAAUAUGUGAUCUGGAAUUUCACAAGGAAGUAGGCGCGCCAACGGCUUUGACAACUUCCAAGGAAUAUGUUUUUGUCGGUACAUCUCGAGGAUGCGUCGUCAUCUUCAGCAUGGCAGGGGAACUGAAGGGCGUCCUCAGUCCGGCAGAACCCCUACACCAAGGACAGGCCUGCCACAUGUCGGCCACCCCUGAUUCGAAGUGGCUCGCUGUAGGGCAUUACUCUAAGUACAUUACCAUUUGGGAUGUAGCUGCGAACGCCUGUUUCAAAACCAUUCAAAUUCCCGAGUCCGUCGCCAGUUCCCAGGAAUUUAGGUCCCCUGUCGUCAGCAUCGACUUCCUCAACAAGACGAAAUUGCUUGCCGGCCUCUCAGAUGGGUCAGUAAUUUCGUACGCGUUUCACCGAAUGUUUUUUGUGUACAAAGUCGAGGAACAGAUUCUGACUGGAGACAGCCUCGGAGAACCUGUGCUGUCUGUAAAGCCCCUUCGACCGUCGCGAGAACAACACCCAAUCGACCAAUAUGGUCUCGUGGCCUGCGCCACGACCAGGCGAAUGCUGAUCCUGUCGGUCUCCAGAUCGAUUUCCGUUCUACUCGACAUAAAAAGACCCGAAACGGUCUCCACGAACUCCAAUGCGUGCGUAUCCUGGAGAGAAAUGGAGGAAGGUGGGUUUCCGCCCACCAGCCCCAUUCUCGCGGUCGGAUGGGGAAACCUAGUCUGCAUUAUCCGAAUCUCCGAGAAUCCCUCCUACUUGGCCAUCUCCACUGACGUGAACGCACUCAAACACGCAUUGGUGGCUACCUGUAGGAUGCGGUCCGAGGUAAUCGGACUGCAGUGGCUGGGGCAAGACACGCUGGUAUUUGUGUGCGCGUCUGGUGAAAUCGGCGUCUUUGACUUUUUGACAAAAAAAAAGGUUGAAACAAAAGAUACCCAAAUCGACGUGUCCCUCCAGACCAACCUCCAGCCGCCCGUCUGUCGCCAGUUCAUGUGCGGUUCUCAGGGGUGUGCCUACUUGUUGGAUCGACGAGGCGUCUACUCAUUCAGAGUCCUCUCUUGGAUAGAGAGAGUCAACAACAUGGCGAAAAAAAGUAAGCUGGGUGCGAUCGAUCUGGCGCUAGCGUUCUACAAUGGCGAAGGACUGGCCGUCAGGGAGUUCCCGAUGAGCCGAUCGAAGGCAAAGCACUUGAUUGUUCAUGAAGUGAAACGAAUUCUGUACGACUACGUCUUGUCCAACCUACCUCCGGAAUUCCAGGAUGGCACCAUGCAUCACUACGAAACGGUUGCCACAACGGCAAUCAACUACUGCUUGAUGAUAAAAUGCAGCAAUUUCUUGUUCGACAAAGUCCUUCCGCUUUUUCGGUCUGGAGGGAAGUUGAACCUCUUCUUGGAGAAGCUGGAACCGUUCUUGUUGAACAGAGAAAUCUCGGACUUGCCCGAAGAGGUUCUCUGUUCUCUGCUCGAACAGUACACAUGUACCUCAGAGCCGAGUCGGGGCAUCGAAUUUAUCGUAUCGAAGGUAGACGUCUCCAGAUUAGAUUUCCAUCGAGUCACGAAGACGUGCGUGGAGCGCUGUCUGGACAAGUUUCUCUUCAGUUUGUACCUCAGAGUGCUCGGAGAUUGCGUCACGCCAAUAGAGCUUCUCAUGGACUCGCUGAGGGGAGAGGUGCACGACUUUGGCGAGUUGGAGACGUUCCGCUCAGAGCGACGCUGGAGACAAGUUGGAAAUGGAGUCAUGUCAUUUUUCAAGAGCGUGAUUUCGGGAAAGCUGUAUGCAGACGAAGCGAAAAUGAGCGCCAGCGAUGUCGUGCGCAUCGUCAGAACGAUAGCUAAAUAUUUGCUGUCUGAGAAAUCAGUUGAAGAAAAAGGAUGGUCUCGCUUUCAAAUCUCUGUUCUGUUUUAUGCCGACAUCGAACAGUUCCUCGCGUGUCUAGCCACCGCAUUUGACAAGGUUUUAGACCUCAAUGUGGAGAGGCAGUUUUUGCUCGUUCUCAUUGAAUUGGCAGGUGAACAGCCCUUCUUCUCAGCGGAGUAUUACAAAAAUGGGCCCAGUGGGGGGAGCCCUUUCAGCGAUAACGAAGUCACAUCGUUCUUCGAAUUUCUAUCCGUCUACUUCAACUUGGGCGUUGUCCAGCUGUCGAGCGAGGUGAUAACUCGCAUCUUGGACUACGCCAUGCUCUCCAAGGAUGUCGCAACCCACGCUCGUCGCGAAGCCAUCGUCAUGAACAUCGUUGAGGCUUGCUCAGCCGACCUCCUCGACUGCGACGCGCUGCUUCUCUCAGCCGACAGCGCGCACUUCUAUAAGGCAUGCGAAUUUUUUUGUCGCCAAAAGCGGGACUUUGCGUCUGUGGUGGCCUAUCGCUUUAAAGACCCCGGCUCAGACAAGUCCGGACUGUUCAAGCUCAUUCCUGACUUUCUCCUAGACGAAACCCGGCACUGGAACGUUCACAGAGUCGAGAAAGAAAAAAUCGUCAAAAUGACUCUAGAACACCUAAAAGAACUGUUGGACGCUGACUUUUCCAAGACUUCAAACCUCGUCGUCGAGAUCCUUCUAACCGACUUCGACCAAAAUGCUACUCUCAAAGCGCUUGAACCCUACCCAAAACUCCAGUACAACUAUCUCAGUGCAUUGCUCGACAAAGCGCGGUGCUCCAAGAGUGUCUGUUCGCUCGAUGCCUGUCACGGCGCAAAGGCGGCAAUCAAAGGACGCGUACCUUUCUCAAAAUCUUUUGGAAACCGGUUAUUCGAGUUGGUGUGUACGUUGGUACCCGGCGAGGCGAUCGAAUGGCUCGAAGCGAACUCUCUCUACUACGACCCGGACGUCGCUGCUUCGAUGUCACGAAGGCACGGUCUGACUUCGGCCUACUGCAUGUUGCUAGAAAAGACCGAAAAGUUCGAACAAAUUCUGAACUUCUUCUUGUCAGAAAUUUGGAAGAGCCUCGAAUUUUAUGUAGACGCUCUAAAGCAGGCGCAGGCGACGAACGAGAUCGAUGGCGCGAAGAGGCUAACUGAAUCCGUAAAUAUGCUGAUUUCUCUCUAUCAGCGAAAUCAAAAGAAAUUCAAUCCAGAUGAAACUCGAGACGUCUGGUCUCAGACUCUUCAUGUCUUAUUAGGUCCCUUGAUUCAAGUAGAGACCCUCCUAGCCUUCGGACAGUCAAACGGCCGGUCCCCGACCGAGUGCAGGACAAUCGACUUAGGCGGACUGGAGAAGGACCAGCUGGAAGCGCUAAGGGACGUUCUAGAAAUGCUCCUAUUUACCUUCUUGAACCGUGUGGCCGCCUGCAUAAAGGCCCAAGACGUCUUGCAAGAAAUCAUUCGGCAGUACUCGUUUGCCCCAUUUUCCUGCCUCAGGAAUACCUUGAUCUACUUUCUAGACUAUUACAAGUACCAGAAGUGUUCCAUGGAUAUCGUAACCCACAUUUUGGAUCGCGAAGCACACGACAUAUUCGAGCAAUUGGUGCUCAAGAAAAAAGAAGGGUGUAUACAAAAUUUAGGGCUCGACACAGGUGCGAUGGGGGAGGACGCUCCGGAAAUCAGCGGCAGCACUCUCAAGAAAUUCUCGUCUCUUUGAGGGCUUUUUCGCGCUAGUAGCACUCCUCUCCUUUCGAAAAGCCCAGAUAUGCGAUUCUCCGAGGGAGGAUCGGCGUAUUCUCAUGUUUUUAGAUAAAAGAGCAUAUAGGCCGUGCUGAGAGACUUGAAUUCCGGAGAAUGUAUGAUAAAAAAAAAAAAAAGUA